AUGGAUGCAACAAAAGAAAGUUGGGAAAAUGAAGUAGUUGAAAAACUCGUUGAAGUGUUUAAAAACAAGGAAGACGAUUUAUGCAGAAUACUGUUCUUCCUUGAUAAAGAAGAUACAGCUUACAAAGACAACGUCGAUCGACCGUACUCGCCAUACUGGAAAUCUUUGAAAGCCACAGUGAAGAUGGAUAAAGCUUUUCGAAAAUUUGCCGAACGGCUUUCAGAUGAAACAAGAAGAGCAGAAAUCGAUCCUGAAUUUCGAAAGCGCAUGAAUAUAGUUCAUGAACAAAUGAUGUCACAUUGUGAUGACGCAGUUGGAAUAGAAGAUUCCCAAAAAUUAGAUCCUAGCCGACUCUUGAAUCGUGAUUCUACAUCUGCGUCAAUCUUUGGUGGCUUGACAAGGGCCUGGAAUAUUAUUCCUCAUGAGUCGAAAGUUUCUGUAUUGAGUUACUUGGGAUCAAUGCCGAAUAGGUUAGUGAUGACUAUAGUUGACGAUGUCGUAAGUAUAGCAAAUAAAUCGGGAGGCGCAGUCGUAAUGGUGGGUCUGGCUGCUGUAUACCUCUGCUACAAUGCCUGUGUUGAUUUGAUUCGUUGGUGGAAAGGUGAAAUAUCAGGAAAACGAUUCAUAAAAAAUUUGCUGGAUUCAGGGUUCACAAUAGGAGCAGGUAUGGCAGGUGGUAUUAGUGGAGCUGCUUUGGGAUCAGCUGUGGGCCCUAUUGGGACUGUAGUCGGAGGUAUAGUUGGUGGAUGGGUAUGCGCAGCCGGAACGGAUUACUUGUCUGAUUGGUUGACACAAAAGUUGUUUGGGCUACCAAAAGAAGAAGCUCUGGAAAACGCUUAUCGACAAUUGGGUGUGAAAAUGACAGCUUCUAACGCAGAGGUCAACACCGCAUUCCGCAAGUUGUGUCUUCAACACCAUCCAGACAAAGGAGGAAACCAGGAAGAUUUUCUUAUCGUUCAGUGUAAUAUGGGAAUAAUUAAACUAGCUAGAGGAGAUUUUUAAUUCUAUCUUGAUAACUUUAGUUUAGUUGACAAAUAAACAUUUGUUAGGUGUAUACUAGCCAAUCCUGGCCAAAAGUCCUUGGGACAACCCAAAAUUUUCGCAUGUAUUUAUUGUUUUCUGCAGGAAAGCAGAUUUAACGCAAAAUAUGCUUUUGAACCGAACCCCCCUCCCCUCCCCCGUUCAAUGUUGAUUUUGGGGGCAUCCUUAAGUAAAAUUGUAAGAACUUUCAACAUUGAGUUGGAGUGGGGGAGGGGAGGGGACUGGGGCGUUGUCUUUAGAAUUCAAGGGUGGAAAAGUUUGAGUGUCCCAACACUUUUGUCCAGGAUUGUAGCUUGCCAUAGAUUGUUGCCACUGCCAUAAGUCCUGCAAAUUAGUUUUUAAUUAAAGACAAUAACAAUUUACUGUUUAUAUCUGCAUGCUAUGAAUGCAUGUAAACGUUAACUUUGGGAUUUUGGUUAGCUGUACUUCUCUACUACAUUGUAACUGUAAGUGAAUACUAAUUGUAUAUGGGCCAUUAGUCAUUAAAAGUCACAUAUUUAGA